AUCAUACUUGUUAUAUAGAAGUGUUAACAAAUCACAAUAGAGAAAGAUAGUCAGAAUAGCCAAAAGAGAAUAAAAACAAGAGCAACAUCUAGCUACAACAACAACAACAAUGGCUAACUCAACCUCUUUUAUCAUGGCCUUCUACAUGUUACUGAUCACAACCCUGAUGAUGAUCUACUCCACCAACGCAAGCUUGGACCACAGCUUGAGCUGGGUGCCAAGGAAACCCUCAAACCACUGCCAAGGUUCCAUUGCUGAGUGCAUGGCCGAUGGCAAUGAAUUUGACAUGGACUCUGAGAUCAACAGGCGCAUCUUGGCAACCACUCAGUACAUAAGCUAUUCAGCACUGCAAAGGAACACUGUGCCAUGCUCUCUAAGAGGUGCCUCCUACUACAACUGCAAGGCUGGUGCUCAGGCUAACCCCUAUAGCCGUGGUUGCAGUGCCAUCACUCAAUGCCGUAGUUGAAGCUUUUGUUUGUUUGUUUGUUUUUGUUCUUUAAUUUUCUGCAGGUUUGGUUUCUACUUAUUUGUAAUAUAAGGUUGUAAUAAAAUGGAGGAUUUAGUUAGAAGGGUUCUAGUUCCUCUCUGUUAUUGUAGGGUGUCAUAUUCAUGUCUCAUAAGUUUUACUUUUUAACAGAACUAUAUAGAAGGAUGAUUAUAUAUUACUGUAACUUUAUGUUCU